GCGUCAGUGGCGGCCAUCUUGGCCGGUUUCUUUUCGUGUGCUUUGCACGUUGCUGCCUGGGGAGGAGAGCGAGAGAAACCACCGAGAGACGGGGGAAAGAAGAUAUCUUCCGGCAGGCCGCCUCUCUCCCGACAACAGCCUUAGGGGCAGCAACUCCCCUCCCCGUCCUAUCACCGGUCUGGUUUCAAACUUGUUGGAAAUCUCUUUGGCAAUACUACACCCUCAAGAUGGCUGACAAGUUAACAAGAAUUGCUAUUGUUAAUCAUGACAAAUGCAAGCCAAAGAAGUGUCGUCAAGAGUGCAAGAAAAGCUGUCCUGUUGUACGAAUGGGAAAACUGUGCAUUGAGGUCACUGCACAGAGCAAGAUUGUAUGGCUUUCAGAAACCCUCUGCAUCGGAUGUGGUAUCUGUAUCAAGAAAUGUCCCUUUGUAGCUUUGUCCAUUGUUAACCUGCCAAGUAACCUGGAAAAGGAAACCACUCACCGAUAUUGUGCCAAUGCCUUUAAGCUUCACAGGUUGCCUACUCCCCGACCUGGUGAGGUGCUUGGAUUGGUUGGCACUAAUGGUAUUGGGAAAUCCACAGCUUUGAAAAUUUUGGCUGGAAAGCAAAAACCUAAUCUUGGGAGGUUUGAUGAUCCCCCAGAUUGGCAAGAAAUACUGACUUAUUUCAGGGGUUCAGAAUUGCAAAACUAUUUCACCAAAAUUUUGGAGGAUGAUUUGAAGGCCAUCAUCAAGCCUCAGUACGUGGACCAAAUUCCAAAAGCCGCAAAGGGCCCUGUGGGGACCAUUUUAAAUCGAAAAGAUGAAACAAAAACCCAAACUAGGGUUUGUGAACUGCUGGAUCUGACUCAUUUGAGGGACAGAAAUGUGGAAGACCUUUCUGGAGGGGAGCUUCAGCGGUUUGCGUGUGCUGUUGUCUGUAUUCAAAAAGCUGACAUCUUCAUGUUUGAUGAACCAUCCAGUUACUUGGAUGUAAAGCAACGUCUUAAAGCUGCCAUUACCAUCAGAUCUCUGAUUAACCCUGACCGUUACAUCAUUGUUGUAGAGCACGAUCUCAGUGUUUUGGACUAUCUUUCUGACUUCAUUUGCUGCUUAUACGGUGUUCCAAGUGCUUAUGGCGUAGUCACUAUGCCUUUCAGCGUCAGAGAAGGUAUCAACAUUUUUCUGGAUGGUUAUGUUCCUACCGAAAACUUAAGAUUUAGGGACACCUCACUGGUUUUUAAGGUGGCAGAAACUGCCAACGAAGAAGAAAUAAAAAAGAUGUGCAUGUAUAAGUACCCGUCAAUGAGAAAGCAGAUGGGGGAUUUCCAACUGAGGAUUGUGUCUGGAGAGUUCACGGACUCUGAAAUCAUGGUCAUGCUGGGAGAGAAUGGAACUGGCAAAACUACAUUUAUUCGAAUGCUUGCUGGUAGGCUGAAACCAGAGGAAGGAGGUGAUGUACCAUUCCUUAAUGUGAGCUACAAACCACAGAAAAUCAGUCCUAAGUCUACAGGAAGUGUCCGCCAACUGCUACAUGAGAAGAUUAGAGAUGCCUACACCCAUCCUCAGUUUGUAACCGAUGUGAUGAAACCGAUGCAAAUUGAAAAUAUUAUCGAUCAAGAGGUGCAGACGUUGUCUGGAGGUGAGUUGCAACGUGUGGCUUUGGCACUGUGUUUGGGUAAACCUGCCGAUGUGUACCUAAUUGAUGAGCCUUCAGCAUAUUUGGAUUCUGAACAACGUCUCAUGGCCGCCAGAGUCAUCAAACGAUUCAUUCUUCAUGCCAAAAAGACCGCAUUUAUUGUGGAGCACGAUUUUAUUAUGGCCACUUAUCUUGCUGACCGUGUUAUCGUCUUUGAUGGCAUCCCAUCUCGGGAUACAGUUGCAAACAGCCCUCAGACACUUCUUGCUGGAAUGAACAAAUUUUUGUCUCAGCUGGAAAUCACAUUUAGGAGAGACCCCAACAACUACAGACCAAGAAUAAACAAAAUGAAUUCAAUUAAGGAUGUGGAUCAGAAGAAGAGUGGAAACUACUUUUUCUUGGAUGACUAAACCAGUUUGGAAAGCUUCUUUACCCUCAAAUUAUAGCAGGAGGGGACAAACUGCUGUUGUAAUUUUACAAAACAUCCCCAGAAAUGCUUCAUUGUAUGCUGUAUUAUUACAGUAAGGAUAAGAGUAAGCACCCCAGACAACUGGCUGUAAAGGAAUGAAACUUUUUUUUAUCCAUUGUUUCUGCAAAACAGUACAGUUUGUUAUGGUUUCAUAACGUGAUAUCUAACUUAAGUCAUUUUGUUUUCCCUAAUUUUAGAGCUUUGUGAGCUGUAUUUCUAAAGUAUGGUUUAUAAAAUGCUGUUAACAAUACAAUCUUGUUUUAAAAAAGAGUCCCAAACCUCUGCAGAGGUUUUCAGAAAUAAACAUCCACCUAAAUGAA